UCGCAAAUUUCAGGUCUCUCGCCAUUUCUACCUUCCCCCACCCUUAAUCAAGCCACCUAGCUGCAAGAUUGAUCCAUACAGAUCGAUCUAGCUAGGCAUCUUCCUUGAUCAACUGCCCUUCCCUUUCCUACCUGGCCGCUAGCUUAUAUAGCAGCCUCCAUCCCCACCUCGCAAAUUUCAGGUCUCUCGCCAUUUGUACCUUCCCCCACCCUUAAUUAAGCCACCUAGCUGCAAGAUUGAUCCAUACAGAUCGAUCUAGCUAGCUGGUAAUUGAAUUUUUUAUGGCAAUUGAGCUUGCGCUGGCAGCGGCGUCGUCGGCAUCGUCGUCAGGGGGGCGCGGAGGCAUGCCGAUCCCGUGCGCAGCGCUGCCGCCGGGGUUCCGGUUCCACCCGACGGACGAGGAGCUCAUCCUCCACUACCUCCGCAAGCGCGCUGCCGCUGCACCAUGCCCGGCCCCUGUCGUCGCCGAGGUCGACAUCUACAAGUUCGACCCAUGGGACCUUCCAGCCAAGGCUGCAUUCGGAGAAGGGGAGUGGUACUUCUUCAGCCCGAGGGACCGCAAGUACCCCAACGGUAUGCGCCCCAACCGCGCCGCCGGAUCCGGCUACUGGAAGGCCACCGGCACCGACAAGCCCAUCACGCUCUCUGCUGGCACCGAGAGCCGCGACAUGAUCGGCGUGAAGAAGGCGCUCGUCUUCUACAGGGGUCGCCCGCCCAAGGGGAUGAAGACCAACUGGAUCAUGCACGAGUACCGCCUCGCCGAAGCCCUCACCGCCGUCAGCACCUACAGGCCUACGAGGUUCAAGGACUCAUCCAUGAGGCUGGAUGACUGGGUGCUCUGCCGAAUCUACAAGAGGCCCAACCCGCAGCUGUCGUACUCGUCGCCGCCGCUCGACACCGAGCCGUCCAUGGACGACCAUGGCCAGCAGCAAGAAGACUCCGUCCUCGCGGACGAUGUCGUCGCCAGUUAUGCGCUCGCCGGCAGGCUGCCACGGCCGCCAUCCAUCUCGGACUACCUCGUGGACUACUCGGCUGUGUCCGAGCUCUUCGAGAGCCUGCCGCCGCCGGAGACGGCGCAGCUCGGGACGAACGCAGCAGGCAGCUCCGGUGCCGCCGGCCGGUUCUUCGUCGCUACUAACAGCGAGGCUAGUACCUCUGUAGCGCAGCAGAGCUCACACAAGAGGCGAUUAAUGGAGGAUUAUUCCAACAGUAGCAUGGAGAUGCUACACGCGUCAAACAAGAGGUUGUUGAGUGAUGCUGCAACAUCCAUGGCUGUCAACACCUCGUUUGGCCCAGGCCACCAUUCUCAGGAGGACACAAUUUGAACCCAUGCAUGCCCCCCUCCUUGCUAAUUAGGGCUAGGACAGAAUAUUAAAGAUUUAUUAAUUACAAUUGUUGCGGAGGGAAUUCAUCAUUUAUUGAUUAGAAUUGUAUACCAAAAUGUUGUGUUGUAACAAAUAGCAUUAUUAGGAAAAAAAGAAUAGUGACUAUUUCACUAGCUAGCUAGAUCUGAUUUUAGAUUUUCUAUGUGUGUAACUAGGUUGGUAGGUUGUAACUUGUAAGUGAAGAACACAUUUGUUGAAUAAAAAUUUGGUUUUAUAAACA